AUGCUGUGGGUAGACGCUAUUUGCAUCGACCAGGCGAAUAUCACCGAAAAGAAUACACAGAUGCCACUCAUGUGCACAAUCUACUCUCAUGCAACUGUCCUAGUCUGGCUUGGGACAGGGAACCAAUCUACCGACCAAGUCAUGGAUUUGAGACAGGAGUUGGCCGUUCGAGAUGCAACUAUCCCGGCUGCCCAACAUUACAAAGACACGUCGGAUUCAUUACAGCAGAUAAGAUUCAUUUGGCCUCAUGUUCAAUCCUUGAUGCAAUAA